GCCUCCUCUUCCUCCGCCAGAGUCAGGUCGAGCACGAGCGGUGACAGCGGCGGUUGAGGCAGGAGGGAUGGUCGGGUGGGAGAAAGGACUUCGGAUCCACUUUCAGCCGGGGAGCUGCUGGCUUGAGCAGGAAGAUGUUGAUAUCCCAGAUAGACGUGUUCUGAUCACAGGUGCCACUGGACUCCUGGGCAGAGCUGUGUAUAAGGAAUUUAAAUCAAAUAAUUGGAAUGCUCUUGGUUGUGGGUACAGUCGAGCUCGACCCCUGUUUGAGCAAGUUAAUCUUCUGGAUUCUGCUGCUGUUCAUAACCUAAUCCAGGAUUUUCAGCCUCAUGUGAUAAUACAUUGUGCGGCUGAGAGAAGGCCAGAUGUUGUAGACAGUCAACCAGAAUAUGCUUCUCAGCUCAAUGUGGCUGCUUCAGGAAACAUAGCAAAAGAAGCAGCUCAAGUAAGAGCAUUUCUGAUCUACAUUAGUACAGACUAUGUAUUUGAUGGAACCAAUCCUCCCUAUAAGGAGAAUGAUGCACCGAAUCCCCUAAAUCUUUAUGGCAAAACUAAACUAGAAGGUGAAAAGGCAGUUUUAGAAAAUAAUGAAGGUGCUGCUGUGCUUAGAAUUCCUAUUUUAUAUGGAGAAGUUGAACGCUUGGAAGAGAGUGCUGUGACAGUGAUAUUUGAUAAAGUGCAAUUCAAUAAUAAAUCAGCCAAUAUGGACCACUGGCAGCAGAGAUUUCCUACCUAUGCCAAGGAUGUAGCCAGUAUUUGCCGACAGCUAGCAGAGAAGAGAAUGCUGGAUCCAUCCAUAAAAGGAACAUUCCAUUGGUCUGGCAAUGAGCGGAUGACCAAAUUUGAAAUGGCACGUGCUAUGGCUGAUGCUUUCAACCUUCCCACUAGCCACUUGAGACCAAUUACAGAUAGCCCAGUAGUGGGUGCGCUCCGUCCCAAGGAUGCUCAGCUUGACUGUUCUAGACUACGGAUGUUGGGCAUUGGACAGCAAACACCAUUUCAAGUUGGGAUCAAGGAAUCUCUUUGGCCUUUCCUAACUGAUAAGAGAUGGAGACAGACUGUCUUCCAUUAAUUUGUAAAUAUUUUAGUGUAAGUAUGGUAUAAGGCACUUUUUUAAAAAAAAAUGGGGGGAAAAGAAUAGUUUUGUAUUGAACGUUCUAUGUUUCAAGUUUAAUUCAAUCAGGAAAAAUGGUCUUGCACUAGUGAAAUUGUAAGAGGCUCUGGCAAAAAGAAAAGAAAAAACUUUGAAGUGAUUGAUAUUUCUUUCUGCUAAAUAUCUAGUGAUCUGUGAUUACUACAGCCAUCAGUAACAGUUGAGAUGAGGAUGUCUUUCCUCAUUGCUGAGUUGUUCAUGCGUUUGCAGUUGCUAAAUGGAAUCUCCCUUGACAUUUGUUUCCCUACAUGCCAAAAAGAAAAAAAGAAGAAAUCAAAAUAAAGUACAGGAAUUUUCUGUUAAUGUUUUGAAGCUAUUCUGAUGCGAUUGAAAUUCUGGGAAGCAUUGAAAUUCGCUUUGGUUUAGUUAAGAUCAAAAUAUUCUGAAGUAACACAUUAUUUUUGUGCUGAAUGUGUAGUUUUGAUGCUUUGAAGUUUUCCACAAUGUUCUGCAUUCUAGAACUCUUGUAGUUUUAUAUUUGUACAAUACAGUUCACAUACCUUUCUCACAAUGCAUGCUUAUGUACGUGCACUGAUCUGCACAACUAGGCUCUCUUGGUGUGUCAGAGGCAUGAAAUGUGUCCAUUCUUCCUGCCUUUUCCUUCUUGGUGUUUAUCUUAAAUAUUUGUAUCCUGUAGAAUCCAGUAAUCUGUUAAUUAACUAUUAAAUCUCCUCAGUAAGCAACUAGUUUAUAUAUAAUAUCAGAAUCAUCUUGGUUUAGGUCAGACAAGAUGGAGUAAAAACAGUAUAAUUAUCCCUAGCUAUUUCUGCCCCAAAGCAUACAUUCAAGUGUGGUGGCUACAUUCGGUAUUUGUACUACCCUACUUUUGAAAACAAAAAGCUAAGCGUCUAGUGAGGAUAUUUAAAAUUAUUAAUGUUGCUUGGCAUAAAAAUCCAGUUUAACUAAGUUUACGUUUGUGUAUAUUCUGUGUUCUCACUUCAAUGAAGUGUUGGACUGUAUGUGUUUCAAACAGGCAUUCAACAUCAAACAAAACCCCCAAAGGCAGCUUCUCUUCACUUCCCACCCACGAACUCCGCCACCACUCCCUGACCUUUUAAGAUAAACAUCCAAGAAAAGACUACAAAUAAUCUUCUUCUGGGUUAUUUCCUUCUAAAGGUACCCAACUCUUAAGCAGCAGCAGUGCAAAUCUUAUAAUACUUUGAGGCCACUCUGUUAGUCCCUUCUCAUAAAAACAUAUUCUAACUUCGUCUUAGUCUGAAGUCUUGAUAUGUACUUGGUAAGUUAUAAAUACAAAAUGACAUUAAAGAUGUAUUACUGGUCUA